UGUGAUUUUUUUUUAUGUGUGUGUCAUCGCUCACAACACUGGUAUAGAUAUAUCUAGACAUAAGUCUAGACCUAAAUCUAGUCGUCUUGAUACCACUCUCGUCUAGAUUGCAGAAGCGACUGGCUGUUGUUCUUUUGACCAGUUUUAGGGUUGUAGAGGAGUUGAUCUAGAUGAUUAGAUCUAUAUUAUAAUAUUCUAUAAUAAUAUAGAGUCUAGAUUCUACUGCCAUGAGUGAUUUAGAUACUUCCACAAGCUACCCUCUUCAUAUUCAUCAUCACGAUCCAAACGCCAAGUAUGAUCCUCCACAACAUUUAAUUGAUAAUGCACAUGUCAAAAGCUUCGACCAGUAUCAACAAUUGUACCAGUUGUCUGUAAAAGAUCCUGAAGCUUUUUGGAGUAAAUUAGCUGAACAAUUUCACUGGGAAAGUAAACCGACAGGUCAGUUUUUGAACUAUAACUUUGAUAUUAGAAAAGGACCCAUAUAUAUAAAAUGGCUUGAAGGUGCAAAGACUAACAUCUCUUACAAUAUGUUGGAUCGUCAUGUUAAAAAUGAACUUGGUAAUAAAGUAGCAUUUUACUGGGAAGGCAAUGACCCAGGUGAUAAUGGCAAAAUUACAUAUAAUGAGCUUCUUGUGCAAGUCAGCAAGUUUGCAAAUGUUUUGAAGAAAUUAGGUGUGAACAAAGGAGAUCGUGUUGCCAUAUACAUGCCUAUGAUUGUAGAAUUGGUUAUAUGCAUGCUAGCUUGUGCUCGCAUCGGAGCUGUUCACUCUAUUGUGUUUGCAGGGUUUUCAGCCGAAUCUCUGAGUGAUCGUAUACUUGAUGCCAAUUGUUGUGCUCUGGUGACAGCUGAUGGUGUGUGGAGAGGUUCCAAGUUAUUGAAUCUCAAAUCUAUUGUUGAUAGAGCUUUAGAAAUAUGUAAAGACAAAGGAAAACCUGUUGACACAUGUGUUGUUGUUCGACAUCUUACUCCUUUUGAGAACUCUAAUGGUGUCUAUACUGAAGACUCCCCAGAUGAAUGUCCAGUAGCUAAACGCCCUUGUACUAAACUUAAAAUCAGCUGGUCCCCUGAACGUGAUUUUUGGUGGAGUGAUCUAAUGCAUGACGCAAGCGAAUACUGUGACCCAGAAUGGAUGGAUGCUGAGGACCCAUUGUUCAUGUUGUAUACAAGUGGCUCCACUGGGAAACCUAAAGGUGUUCUUCACACGGUGGGUGGCUAUAUGUUGUACGCAGUGGCAACCUGCAAGUACGUCUUUGACUUACAACCGGAUGAUAUUUAUUGGUGCACUGCAGAUGUUGGUUGGAUCACUGGGCAUACCUAUGUCUGUUAUGGUCCCCUUGGGAAUGCUGUCACAGGGAUAAUUUUUGAAGGAACACCAUUUUAUCCUGAUGCUGGGCGUUUCUGGGCUGUGAUUGAAAAAUACAAGGUGACCAAAUUCUAUACUGCACCAACUGCCAUUCGUUCACUGAUGAAGUUUGAUGAUAGCUUUGUCACAAAGCAUGACAGAUCUUCAUUAAAAAUUCUUGGUACUGUAGGUGAACCAAUCAACCCUGAGGCUUGGCUUUGGUAUCAUAAAAUUGUUGGGAAUGAGAAUUGUGCAAUAGUGGAUACUUUCUGGCAGACUGAAACUGGAGGGCAUGUUAUUACACCAUUACCAGCUGCAACGAAAACCAAGCCAGGCUCUGCUACUUUUCCAUUUUUUGGCAUUGUGCCUGCUCUACUGACUGAUGAUGGCAAAGAGAUUGUUGGCCCAGGUGAAGGUUACUUGGUGUUCAAACAGCCUUGGCCUGGCAUAAUGAGAACUGUUUUUAACAACCAUGAGAGAUUUGAAAUCACAUACUUCAAAAAAUUUCCAGGCUAUUAUACCACAGGAGAUGGGGCUAAACGAGAUGAGGAAGGCUACUUGUGGAUAACAGGUCGUAUUGAUGACAUGGUGAAUGUAUCAGGCCACCUGCUGAGCACAGCAGAAGUGGAGUCUGCACUGAUAGAACAUGAAGCUGUGUCUGAGGCUGCUUCAGUCUCCCAUCCACAUCACAUCAAGGGAGAGUGUAUCUACUGCUUUGUCACACUUAAAGAGGGUGAAACAUUUAGUGAUGACUUGGUGAAAGAGUUAACAGCUGCAGUGAGACUAAAGAUAGGACCUUUUGCUCAACCUGACUAUAUUCAGAAUGCACCAGCUUUGCCCAAAACAAGAUCUGGAAAAAUCAUGAGACGAAUCCUGCGUAAGAUUGCUGUGAAUGAUAGAGACAUUGGAGACACAAGUACUCUAGCUGAUGAAUCUGUCAUUGACUUGUUGUUUAAAUUGAGACCCAAGGAUGCUUAAGAAAAUUUUCACAUAUGCAUGAAUAAAACUCUAUUAUAUUCUAUCUAGAACUAUAUUCCUGAUGUAUGUACAUUUAUCUUUAUUUUUCAAAAAAAGUUAAUUUAAAAAAAAAGAUGUUUUUUUUUAAUGCAUUUUACUCAAAAAAUGUUUUUUUUUCUUUUCACUAAAUAUAAUUCAAAAGAUUUUUUUUUCUAAAAUAAUUUUGUAAAUAAUACAAGAGAAAGACUAGCAUCAAGUCAGAAAUAUCUCAAAUUUGACUUCAUUGUGCAACAAGGAAAGAUUAUUUUCAAGAAACUAUUUUACACUGAAGAUUCUUUUUUUUUUUGCAAUUGAUACUUAGUUUGUAGUAUUAAAGUGUUGAACUUGAUCAUGCCUGGAAUAUCCAAAUUGUAAUUGUAGUCUGGUCACACUGUUUUAACACAGUUCAAAUCUCCAUUUAGAAAUAUGAAUUGCAAACCUCUAUCCACAGUAAGGCCUACUCUUAUAAUGAGCAUUUUUGUUUUGUUUUUGGUUUCAUUUACUUAAACAUUAGACAUAGACAUGACUUUUGACAUUCCUUCUCAUUUCUACACCACAAGACAUAUUGGUUUCCUCUAAACAGUUUUUAUUUACAUGUAUUUAUUGGCAUACAUAGGUUGGUUUAUUUCAUUUGUUUUUUUUUUUAUUUGCAAUGAAUAAAUUUUUUUUUAUACAAUUUUGUUAAUAUAUUAAUGUUAUACCUAAUGUGCUGCCACGUUGAGAGUUCAAAGAUGCUAUACAUUUUCUGUAUUAUAAUACUAGAAACAUAAACAUACAAAAAUGGUCAUUUAGUUUAUCCUUGUUUAAUUAUAACAAAAUUUAUUUCUUAGAUAUUAAAAAAAGUUUACAUUUAUUUCCAAAACAUAUUGUACUUAAUAUCAAACUCUUGGCUACUGAAGUACAAAUGAAAAAUUAUUUAUUUCUCCACUCCAUCAACAGUAACCGACCCACAAUUUGUGUUUUAAAAAUUUACUAUUCUGAGAUUGAAUAAUUUUGGAUCAAGUACUUUCAUUUAUUUUUCUUUUAUAAAAUAUCUACUGAAACAAGCUUACAAGAGUUAGAAAGUAAAAACUUAAGUUUUCUUCAAAAUUAUGCAUUUUUAUUCUUUAACACAUAAUAAAUAUAAAUAACUUUGUGUGUAGCCAAUUUGUUAAAUGGUUUAGUUAAUUAGCUUAUUCUUGAUCAAUGUUUUUCUCUACUACAUUUAGUCUUCAUAGGCAUUUAUCACCAUUACCAUUUUUAGUAAAUCCCUCCCCCCCCCCCCCCCCCCCCAACUGGGGUACCUAUGCUUCAUAUUGAGAAAUGCUGGUCAAGAUGGACCAUGGUAGUUUAUGGAUCAGUGUUCUAUCAUUAAUUAUUUAAACAUUGGUUUUUAUUUAUUCAGUGUCAUGCAAUAGUUUCUAGGCAAUGUUUUUCUAUGCAUUCGUUUAGCUCUAAUUUAGCUUGUUGUUGUUGAAUGGCUAAAUUUUACAUGGCUAAAAAUGUUUCAUAAAUGUAUAAAACGUUUAUAUUUGUACAUGUAUGGAUUGAUACGAUUAUUAUUUACCUAUUUCCAGGCUAUAUGAUAGUGUUAGGUUAUACUUUUAAGGAGUUCUAGUGUUGGAGUUGCUAUGUAAAGGUUGGGCUAUAGAUUAGACAUAUUCAGUUUGGAUUGAAGGAAUGUGUAACUUGAGUGUGUGGAGACAUCAGUUGGUAUGUCUGAACAAUGCAACUUGUUUCUCAUUUGAUUCUUCAAACAAGAGUUUUGUAUCAUUUUUUUGUUUAGGAAAAUAAGAAACAAAUAUAAAUGUCAUUCUUAAGGACAGCUUAAACCCCCCCUAUGGUUCAAAAUUAUUGAUUUUAUUUUUUAUAACUGAAUAUUAUACAGCAUUCAUUUCUGAACAAUUUGAUGUAUACAGCAUGUCCAAAUUCAAAGUGGAAGUAUUUUAAAUAUUUUUUUAUAUUUUGUAUACUAACUUAAUCUUUAUCACAGAGGUUGUUGUUUUUGCUGUUUUCUCCUAUUAACCAUUUAAAUUUUAUGAAUAUUUUGCCUUGAAAUUUGGCACAAAUAAUGUUGUAUAUACACAUAUGAAAGUGAAGCAGAAUAAUUACAAAAGGUUGAAAACUUUUAGAGUAAUUAAUUUUUUUCUAUGUCUAACCCCUUAUAAAAACUUGAAAUAAUGGGCCACAACCAUGUUUAGAGCUGUAACUUUUUUUCUAUUCAAUGAAUAUAGACAAUUCUUCUUCACAAUCUUCUAGUAUUGAAUAAUCAGCAGCUGAAGUUUUAUUGAACUAGCUUUAGUAGUUUUCAAGAAAUCUUGACAUGAAAAUUAACUAUUUUUCAUCAUUUUAGCUAAAAAAACCCCCCCCCCCCCCCCCCCCCCCCCCAAAUUUUUUUUUCUCAAAAAGUGGAUACGAUAUAAAGAACAAUUAUUUAUUUUUUUCUUAUUUGCAUGCCUACACAUAAUAAAACAUUUUUUAUUAUUAAAACAUGUAAUUUUUAUUUGGGGGUUUAAGCUGUCCUUAAUUGGUAUUGCUGUUUUAAAAAUCUUAUAAAGAUCUUUUCAUUUUAACAUUUUGUAUUUAAGGCAAAACAUUAAAAUUUAAAAAAAAUUAACUUUAAAAUUACCCCAUUUUUGUUUAAAAAAAAAAAGGGUUAAAUAAAAAAUGAAUGAAACCAUAUUGUAAAUCAAAUAUGUCAAAUACUAAACUAAUUAUCAAAAUAUAUCCAGAAAAGAAAACAGCUUCAACAACUGUAAAAUACAAUGUUUGUUUUCUUUAUAUUUCAAUGAUUAUAACCCAGUAUCUGCAGCAGAAUCAAAUUUUGUAUGAAAAUUGUAUUCCAUUCCCCAUAUUUCUAUAUUUUGAAUCAUGGAUAUCUCCAUAGAACAUCUUGCAUUCAGUGCAUCUUUAGUAACAGAAAAGAACCCAUGAAUACACCAUAUGGUAUUCAAGAAAUGAAUCUUAGCAGGCUAACCUGCAGACUAAGUUAUCAAAUACAUAGUUUUGUUCAGGGAAUUAUUUUUAUGAUAUAAACAUUGUAACCAGUAUUAAUAGUUGAGCAUUAUCUUUAUGUCUAUCAACAGUACUCAAGAAUGGUAAACAACAGAAUAAAUGUGGACCUUAAUUUGAAGGCAAAUGCGUGAGAAAGCUUGAUUCUAGUUUGACUCUAAUUUAGUGCAGAUAAAAGGACUGAACCUUGAUCAGUUUUGUAUAAACAACAGUAUUGGAGACUUAUACAUAGCCAGAUAUUACUUGAUGAAAUUAUGUCAACAAUGUCUCUCUUCUAUAUGAAUAAACUGACUUGAUCAACUGGUGCUGUUGGAAUGUAGUUUGCUGAUUGCUAAAUCCAAUUUGAAACAAUGUUCAAUGUGAUUUUUUGUUGUUGUGUUCUAACAUUUGUUCUAGUUGUAGAAAUACUUGAGGUUGGUCUUAUUGACUAUGUCAUGAAUAGAAAGGUAAUGAGCCCAUAAGGCGCCUUCACGUAUAUGCCUUUCAAUUUCCACUUACAAUUUAUCUUAACAAAAGAUCUACAGUAUAUAUCUGUAUCAAUUGUAAGGCAUUGUUCAUCCUUAGAAAAGUGGGCUUUCAUGUGACCUUUUCCUUCCAUUCUAUAUGGUGUUAAGUGUAGGAAAUGAAAGAAAACCAACAUAUUUGCUUACAAUGGCUUACAUUCACACCAUAAGUUUCCCUCUUGUCUUGAAUGUUUUGAGUCAUUGUAAGCUCUAGCUAUUUAUGUGAUGGAAACUUAUUUUCAUCAAAUAGUUUUUGUGUUUACUAAAGACUUUUUUGUGUUACCAUGGAGAAUACAAUGAGUGAUACUAGAAAUACUCUUUACAUAACAGAACAUUUAACAGAGAUGUAGGUUGUUUGUUUGGGACAUAAAAGCAAUUUGUUUUAGAAAGUCUGAUAGAAAAUGGUGUGCAAGAAAUUGUAUACAAAUACUGGCCUAUUACAGACAGAAAGGCCUUCUUGACAAAUGUUACUUUUUAUUUCUAUUAAGGUGGCCAAAAGAAUACUAAAACGUAAUUCCUGUUAUGUGUAAUUUACAACAGCAUUGCUCUUAAAACUAGUAUGACAUGAGUCCUGUACAUUUGAAGUGUUUGUGAAUGUUGCAAUAUGGAUAUUUCACUCAGGUGUAACUGCCCAAUAAAUAACCACAGAAACGCUAUCCUUGAAAACUUUAAUUAUAAAGCUCUCAUUCCCUCACAAAUUGAACAUAGUAAUCAUAUAAAAAUGAAAUGGUCUUUCCAAGCUUGAAGUUUUGAAGGCUGUGUGUGUAACUGUGUAGCAAUAUUUUAUUCACUAUUCAACAGUCCAUAAUAUCUUUAGGAGCUCAAAAUGAUAUUAAGAUAUUUGUAAAAAAAAAAAAAAAAAUACUGAAAGAAAUUUUAUUCUAAAAUUUAUUUUGCAUGUCAUCUUUGAUCUAUUUUCGUUUUGGUGUAAAUAGUUGAUAAAAGAUACAAUGGAUGUGUAUUCCACUUAGGUCUUACAAGACAACUAAUUUCCAUGUUUAGCUAGCAGUUUCAUGUGAUUAUCUAAUCAAUAAAGAUUUAGAAGGAAAAAAUAAAUACCCGUAUCACCAACAA